UGCUGAAGCUCCGCUCGUUCACGGCUGCGAGCGCUCGCUCGCAUGAGCUAUCCCGACAAUGUUAUCGACACUGCCAAUUAUUAGUAGUUAUCACUAAUUACUACACGCGAGAGUUUGCCAGCCGACCCUGAAAUUCAUCUCCAGUUACCAUCACCGGGGAAAUUAUGAUAAUUUCAGGAACUCGUUCGAGUGCUUGAGCCUCAGCUUCACUUCUGAUCGAGAUCGCUAAAUGUUAGCAGUCGUCGCGCAGCUUCGAUAUCGACUUAUCGCGAUUUUACGAUGCGACGUCGUCCUUGAGAAACGAGGAGCAAGUGUGGCCAUAGAAAACUUUUUAGUGAUCAGAGCCUUUAAUCGAGAGGAUUCUUAUUUGUGAUUGCGGAUAAAUAUGACGAGCGUGCUGUAUCCUGAUAGUUUGAAUACCAUCCCGCAGGACGACAGGAGCUGCCGCAGCGAUGACUCCGGCGGCGAGGUCUUCAGGAACAUUCCAAGGAGCAGCAGCAUCUUUCGAGUCUGGAAGAUCGAGGGUCUACGCGCAACGGUCGUGACCAGCAGUAACAUGGGCCUCUUCCUCUCUGAAUCGGCAUACAUCGUGUAUACCGUGUCCGCAAAGGACAGUGCUCUUCCCUACCCGGGAAUGCCGAUCAAGGAGCUGAAAGGCAGCACGGUGGUGCGCGCUAUUCACUUUUGGGUUGGCGCAAACUGCGACUCGACGGCUUCCGGCGCCGCGGCGCUCCGCGCCGCCGAGCUGGACUCGCAAGUUUCAGCAGUGAUCCUGACACGAGAGGCGCAGGGCCGCGAGAGCCCCCGGUUUCUCGCCUACUUCAGGCAGCGACUGAUCAUCGAGAACCAGCACUUUGAGCAACUUCCCUGCACUCUUCAUCGUGUUUCCGGAGUGACCGUGCCGAUCCUGACGGAAUUGGAGAGAGUUCACUGGGAGCACUUCAGCUGUCGAGAUGUCAUCCUGGUGGACGUCUGCGCAAAGGGUGUCGUCUUCCUAUGGCUGGGGUCUCUGUCAGACCCUUUACACAAACGUCAUGCCGCAAGUCUUAUGGAAUCCCGAAAGGAGAACAACAACGGUCGCGUGGUAAUAGUAGAAGAUGGCUACGAGCAGACGCUUUCUGAGGGCGACCGGGCGCUCUUCGGCAGCGUGCUGGAACCUACAACAAGGGUGGUAGCACCCGAUCGUCAACACCGCGUCAACCCACCGAGUCCCAUCAAGCUAUACAGGUGCAGCGAACAGUCCGGCAAGUACAAGGUCGCCGAGCUCAAGUCCGGGCCGAUCCUGCGUAGUGACCUGACCUCCGAUGCCGUGUACCUAGUGGAUCGGGGCGAAGCCGGGGUCUGGGCGUGGGUGGGUCGCGACGUCAACGCCAGGGAGAGAUUAGAAGCCGUGAGGAACGCACGCGGCUUCGUCAAGAAGAAGAACUACAGCGACGGCAUGCCGGUGGCCAGAGCAGCGGAAGGUCACGAACCGGCGGAAAUGAAGGCACUGUUGAGGGGCUGGGAGCCUUCCAAGACGAGACCUUUGACCUUGCCAACAAGUUUCGAGCCCGAUUACAUGAACGAGAGACCCAAGAUGGCAGCGGAAUGCCAGCUGGUAGACGACGGUUCCGGCGAGAGGACCCUGUGGAGGGUUGAGCAGAAGGAGGGCAUGAUCCAGGUGGAAGAUAAAGGAAUCUACUAUGCUGAAGCUUGCUACGUGAUGCUGUACAAGUACGGACAGGGACGAAGGUGUCGAAGUAUUGUCUACUGUUGGGAAGGUGUCCAUUCCAUCAAAGUGGAUCGAGACGCAGCCUUGUUGGCAGCCUGUCGUUUAUCCGAAGAGACGACCGCGCAAUUAGUAAAGGCGUCCCAAGGCAGAGAGCCGCCUCAUUUGUUGCAAAUCUACGACGGAAAGUUGAAGAUACUCGUCGGACGACACCGCGACUCGCCGCCGAAGAAAUAUCUGGUCAGAGUAUUCGGCUCGACGCCGUACACCUCGAGUGCCGUGGAGCGGACAUUGCGAGCGAGCAGCCUGGACUCUAGUGCGGUGUUUAUCCUGUUCUCUAGCGUGCCAGUUGUCUGGUGUGGUGGCAAGAGCACCGGCGACGCUCGGCAGGCGUCGCGACGUCUCGCACCCAGAAACGCGCCUCUUGUCGCGGAGGGUAAGGAGGACGAUGAGUUCUGGGCUGAGCUCGGAGGAAGAGGCACGUAUAACACAGAGAUCGAGGAAGUCGGUGAGGAGCUGGACAAGCACCUGUUCCAAUGCCGCACCGAGAAUGGCCUCUUUGUGGGCGAGCAAGUUCUCGGGUUCCGCCAGAACUCCCUAAUACCGGAAGCCACCUGGCUGCUGGACGCUGGCAGCGUGAUCUGGAUGUGGAUAGGCAAGUUCUCCGCGCCGAGGAGUCUGCAGGAGUGCGUCGAGGACGCGACCAUCUAUCUCUACACGCAUCCCGCAGGUCGAAAUCGCAACACGACCAUUUCCGUGAUCAAGCAAGGUCUGGAACCAGCCACGUUCAUCGGACUGUUCGACAAUUGGAAUCACAAUCUGCUGAGGGACUACAAGCCCUUCGAGGUCUCCUGCGGCCUACUGGAGGACCGGGACCAAUCAGUGCGGGCCCAACCAACCUCGAAAGCCGCUACGGAUUUCGACAACUACAUCAAGUAUCCGCCGGCGGUGCUGAAGAGCGAGCCAGAAAACUUACCGAGCGGCGUGGACGUCAGCCGCAAGGAGAUGCAUUUAACUUACGACAAUUUUAUCGCGAUCUUCAAGAUGGAGCCCGUAGAAUUUGAAAAGCUACCGACCUGGAAGAGGCAGCGGCUCAAGCAGGCCGCUGGGCUCUUCUGAGCGAAUUUAAGGAGUUUUCCCUGCGCAAUACGAUUCAUUUGCGUACAAGACGAUACUCGACAUUUUAAUUAGCUUUUCUUUUCAGUGAGAAACUUUCCUCUUUCCUUAGUUUCUAGUAAGUUUUAUCGAUAUUCUUAAUCAGCUGAGCUACGAUGACUUUUUUACACGGGAAUUUGAAUUAAAAAGUUGCACGCUUCAAUUUUGCGACGUCAUAGCAAUCUUUAUUACAAAUAUCUGAUGACCUUGGCAACAGGCGCUUCAGUGUUUGGAGAAAAUUUACUAUAUAACUUAAGUUUAGAACGCUGAAUUACUUAACGGAACUUUACGAGGACGUGUCCAUUGGCUCGGACUCGAUUCUGUGCACCGUCUCGUCCUCGAUGAUGAUCGGCUG